GGCACCCUCUGGACUCUGGUUUCUAGAAAGGGCAGGACUGGCCCCUCAAACCCGCCCACUCAGCGCCCAUCUCGCCCCGGCCCGUCUCAGCUGACCCCACACCCUUUAGACCGUGCCGGGCUCCUGCCGGCCUACACCAGAGAUUUAUGCAUACAAGAGCUGGGGUACAGGCCAGAGGUGCGGGCAAGUGAGAGGAUUCACCAGAGACAGAGUGGGGAACAGAACAAGCAGAUUGACCGAAAUACAUUGCUGAGGGGAGCAGCAGGCACCAUGACGCCCAUGAGGACCCAGAACUCCUUGGCAGGUCAGACCUAUGCCGUGCCCCUCAUCCAGCCGGAUCUGCGGCGAGAGGAGGCCAUCCAGCAGGUGGCCGAUGCCCUUCAGUAUCUGCAGAAGGUCUCUGGAGACAUCUUUAGCAGGAUCUCCCAGAGAGUAGAGCUGAGCCGCAGCCAGCUACAGGCCAUUGGAGAGAGGGUCUCCUUGGCCCAGGCCAAGAUUGAGAAGAUCAAGGGCAGCAAGAAGGCCAUCAAGGUGUUCUCCAGUGCCAAGUACCCAGCUCCUGAGCACCUGCAGGAGUAUGGGUCCAUCUUCACAGGCGCCCAGGACCCUGGCCUGCAGAGACGCCCCCGCCACAGGAUCCAGAGCAAGCACCGUCCCCUGGAUGAGCGGGCCCUACAGGUCUGGUGGGCACACAGCUCACAUAUUUGGGAGAAACUGAAGUACUUCCCCGUGUGUGUGAACACCAAGCUGGAGCCUGAGGAUGAGGCCGAGGAGGGGCUAGGUGGUCUCCCUAGCAACAUCAACUCUGUCAGCUCCUUGCUGCUGUUCAACACCACCGAGAACCUGUACAAGAAGUAUGUCUUCCUGGACCCCCUGGCUGGUGCUGUAACAAAAACUAAUGUGAUGUUGGGAUCAGAGACAGAGGAGAAGCUGUUUGAUGCCCCUUUAUCUAUCAGCAAGAGAGAGCAGCUGGAGCAACAGGUUCCAGAGAACUAUUUCUAUGUGCCUGACCUGGGCCAAGUGCCUGAGAUCGAUGUGCCCUCCUACCUGCCUGACCUGCCAGGCAUUGCUGAUGACCUCACGUACAGCGCUGACCUGGGCCCUGGCAUUGCCCCCUCCGCCCCUGGCACUAUUCCAGAGCUGCCUACCUUCCACACAGAGGUUGCCGAGCCUACACGAGACCUAGAAGAUGGGGUGCUAACAGCACCUCCACCCCCACCCCCUCCACCACCACCUCCCCCGGCUCCGGCAGUGCUGGUCAGUGCACCCCCACCUCCACCCCCACCCCAGAUCAUAGCCUCUUCAGGCCAAGACGCCAGGGAAGAUGACAGGGGUGGCGUGUCUUCUUCAGGUCCAGUCCAGGGUGCUCCUAAGGAAGUGGUUGACCCGUCCAGUGGCCGGGCCACUCUGCUGGAGUCCAUCCGCCAGGCUGGCGGCAUUGGCAAGGCCAAGCUCCGCAGUGUCAAAGAACGCAAGCUGGAGAAGAAAAAACAGAAGGAGCAGGAACAAGUGAGAGCCACCAGCCAGGGCGGGGACCUGAUGUCGGAUCUCUUUAACAAGUUGGUCAUGAGGCGCAAAGGUAUCUCCGGGAAAGGACCUGGGUCUGGAGCCAGCGAGGGGCCCGGAGGAGCCUUUGCCCGGAUGUCAGACUCCAUCCCACCCUUGCCUCCCCCACAGCAGCCGUCGGGAGAGGACGACGAGGAUGACUGGGAAUCCUAGGGGCCCGGGGCCACUUGCCCACAGCCCAGGCUUAGACUUGCCCUCACAUGGAAGCAGCCAUUGGGCUGGCCCUUCCUCAAGGAGCUGACAGGCUGCCUUCUGAGGCCCGUGGCUGGGUGAGGGCAGCUCUCAUACCCUGCCUGUGCUCUACCCCCAUCACCAGUGUGCGCCCCUCUUCCCUAAAGAGACCGAGAGGAAACAGUACAAGGCUCAAUAAAGAAGUACAACGCAAGGACCAAGCGUAUGUUAACAGUGUACUUUCAUCAAGGAACUACAGCCGCACGGAACGCACGGUCUCCCCGAAGCCAGGCCGUGCCCUCCCCGCCCGCACUGGGAACAGAAUACCAGCAGACCAAGCCCCUUUCCCUGGGUCAGGGAGACGAGAGGUGAGUCACCAGGGACAGCGCUUGUAGGUGGAGGGAGGGUACUGUAACAGAAAAACUGUCCUAGUGACAGACACGGGGUCUCUAAAAAUAGUCACGCUGAGUGCCUAAUGGCCCUUGGCAUAACUGCUGAUGUCAAGGGAGGAGGGGUCUUGGCGUCUGCCCAGUGGCUGAGCAGGAAGGGCGGUGCCGCUGAUCUGAAGGAGGAGCUGUAGUCAAGCCCAGGAGAGGAAAGGCUGUGGAGCGGGCGGGCCACAGAAGGGAACUGAAGGCAGAAACUCUUCACCAGCUCUGGUUUACAGAGGUAGGAGAGGGGAUAUGCUCCUGGGCCUAAGA